GGUCGUCUGAAGCCUGGCAGGAUGUUGCUUGUAGACACACAUCAGAAAGUGUUUAUGAAGGAUGAGGUUCUCAAGACGCAGAUUGCAACCCUCCGGCCCAACCAGAAAUGGCUGACUGAAGAGACAAUGUCCCUGAGUGAGCUCCACCGAGCACAUGUUCCCAAUGGGGACGUGAAGCAGCUCCGACCAGAGGUGGAGGAGUACAGUCAAGGAGGGUUCCUGGAGAAGGACAGACGCCUUUCCCUGUAUGGUUACACCGUGGAGGCCAUCAACUUACUGGUACUACCCAUGGUCAAGGACAAGAAGGAAGCGCUGGGCUCUAUGGGAAAUGAUGCUCCACUGGCGUGUCUGUCCCAAUACAACCCUCUGAUCUUUGACUACUUCAAACAACUGUUUGCCCAGGUCACCAACCCACCCAUAGACCCCUUUAGGGAGAAAAUUGUCAUGUCUCUGGAAUGCCCCAUAGGACCCGAGGCUAACAUCCUGGACCCGUCAUCGGAGCAAUGUAAACGACUCUGGCUAGACCAGCCCAUACUGUCCCUACAGGAUAUGGAGGUGCUCAAAUAUACCACCCACAAGGGAUGGAAG